AUGGACGGCAGCAUGUACUUUGGCGAAGGAGACCCAAACUUCAGUGUCUGCGUCAACGCCAACGUGUGCCGCAUCUGGACCGAAGGGAACUGUCGCAUUUCCUUUUGCAACAAUGAAGGUUAUGAAGUUUGCGACCCGGCUUCUACCUGGGGCGACAGGGCCAGAGACAUUGAAGGCAACUGCAAAUCCAGCGAUUCGGGUGGCUACCAGUCCAAGGCUCCACCUCAGGAUUGGUCCGAGGUUGCCAUCAGGCUCAACACGAACUGGCGUCUGAUGUCCACGUCCAAUGCUGGAGAGAUUGAAUACAAGGAAAUGUCUGUGAAGGAGAAUGAAGCUGAGCUUCGUGCCUUGUACGAGGAUAUCGAGAGUGUCGUCGCAGCAUCUGGAGCCAAUGAAUUGGAGGGCCGGCAAGCGGACAGGUUCUCGGAAGUGGUCAUUAAAGCCAACGUCUACAGGCCCGGAUCUGCAGUAUGGGUCGGACAAGUCGUCAACGACGGCGAUUAUACUGUUUCGACUGCAGAAUCAAAGACGUUUUCCAUCUCCGCAUCCGCCACUCUUGGUGUAAGUGCUUGGGAUGCAGUCAGUGCUGAGAUUGGUGUCUCUGCUAGCUAUUCCACAACUAUGACGAACACCGUGUCGGUUAACAUCAACAUUCAAUGCGGUGGUGGGUACGGUCAGGUUUACUGGCGCCCGUUCUUUGACGAGUAUGAAGGUACUCUUGAGUCUGAUGGACGGCGGGUCAGGAUUUGGGUCCCUAAAGAUACGGAUGCGUCGCGUAUGAACUACGACUACCAGUGCACUGGCUAA